AUGGAACCGGACCCUGUUGAAGCUGAGGUUCCAGUGCCACAGCCAUCGUCAGAAGCAGCGCCUAUUGAAGCAGAGGUUCCGGCGGCGGAGCCGUUUGUUGAAGCAGAGCCAGCAGAAACGGCGCCUGUUGAAGCGGAGGUUCCAGUGCCAGAGCCAUCGUCAGAAGCAGCGGAGGUUCCAGCGCCAGUGACACCGAUUGAGCCUGCUGAAGCUGGCGUUGCGCAGACAGUGUCGUCGACGCCCUCUGCGACAGUGAAGAAAAUGGAGGAUGGCAAGUGGAAAGUCGACACGGGGUACAUUGACCACAGGACGAAGGACCCAAAUCGCCUGGAGAGCCGCCGCUCUGUCCUGGACGAGUCUGUCGCUACUGUCGCCUCCGUCGCCCGAAGCGAGCGCGACGAGGAGGGCAAAUUCAAGGUCGACAUGUCUUACAUCAGCCACCGAACGAAGGAGGUGGGACGCCUGGAGGGCAGGCGCUCCGUGCGGGAGCCGGAGGCGCUUGCGGCGACUUCGGCCUCGGCCACCGUGCGGAAGGACGGAGGGACUUGGAAGGUCGACACGUCCUACAUCGGCCACCGCACGGGCGACACUGGGAACCUCACAAGAAAAGAGGCCCAUGAAGCGGCAGCGGCUUAUGCAGACCCGGCCCAGAAAAAGUACUCCCACGAGGAGUUGAGGGUCAGCAGUGGCCGCCCAGAGGAUGUAGAUCCGGCGAAGCGGGAGCUCUACCUCUCAGAAGAAGAUUUCCAGGCGGUCUUCGGUAUGGCCAUGGCCGACUUCCUGAAGCAGCCGAAGUGGAAGCAGCAGAAUGCGAAGAAGUCGAAAGCGACAGGCCUGGCCAGUCGUGUCAGCCUCGCGGAGAGAAGUCACAGCGGCAGGCGGAAGGAGGCCUACGAUUCAGGUCGCCGUGCGAAGAAGACACUGGAGUCGCAGUCGUCCGUCGAGCUGUCUCUCGAGGACUUCGAGACGCAGGCGCUGAGGUCAAACGAAGUUUGGUUCGUCCAAGCUUACGAUCCUAACGAUGGCACCUGCAAGUCCUUCGCAACCGGAUGGGAGGAUGUGGCACACUCUUACGGCGACCAUGCGCGAUUUGGCCGCUUGGACGUCACGAAGAAGGAGCUGAAGGCAGCUUCUGUUGAGGCCUUGCGCACAUGCAAAUCAUCGUCGACGACGCAUCUCACGAUCAGCCGGCAAACGAAAUGGCGGUAG